AUGUUACAUGUCAUUAUUGUCGGCGCCGGAAUUGCGGGGCUAUCGGCGGCCAUCUCGCUUCGACGCGCUGGUCACUGCGUCCACUUAUACGAGAAGUCAUCGAUGAAUAACGAGAUCGGUGCUGCCAUCACCGUACCUCCUAAUGCUACCAGGUUCCUGACGGCUUGGGGGUUGGAUCCCAUCAAGUGGCGCUGGGUCAUGUCGCGGCGCGUUCACUUGAUUGAUCCGUGUACACUGGAGCCGAAAUUUGAUUUUUACAGCGAAAGGUCGGCGGUUUCUGCUGGCGGUGUUCCCCUGUGGUUUUCCCACCGUGUCGAUUUACACAAUGCUUUAAAAUGGAUGGCUACCAGAUCUGACGGUCCUGGUGUCCCGGCCACGAUUCACCUGAACUCGCCCGUCAUGGCAUUCGAUCCUUCAAAACCGUCCAUCAGACUCGUCACGGGUCGCGAAAUAUGUGGCGACCUCGUCAUUGCCGCCGACGGUGUCCACUCCCUCGCUUCUGAGGCCAUCUUGGGCCGAAAGGUUGAGCCCGUUGAUCCCGUACACGCUAAUUGCUGCUAUCGGUUCCUCAUCCCUGUUGAGAACUUAGAAGCAGAUCCUGAAACUAGAUUCUUUACCGAGGGCCGCGACGGUUUGAUGCGCAUAUUUGAUGAUGCCGGCACACCUCGCAGACUCGUAGUAUAUCCUUGUCGAAACAAUACCUUCCUGAAUUUCGUAGGCCUCUUUCGUGAGCAAGACGCCCAAAUUGACAAGAGAGAGAAUUGGCAUGCCACUGUUGACCUCGACUACGUCUUGGAUACGUUUUCCGGAUAUGACAACAGACUGCUCAAGGUCAUCAGCAAAGCAACAGAUGUUAGGCGUUGGCCGCUUCUCUACCGACCCCCUUUACCAGCCUGGAGUAAGGGCCGAUUGACACUGGCUGGUGAUGCUGCACAUCCAAUGUUGCCUCUUCAGGGUCAAGGCGCUGCCCAGGGACUGGAAGAUGGUUUGGCUCUCGGUAUCAUCCUCUGUGGCGCAAAGAUGCCAAGCGACAUCGAAAGGCGAUUGGAGAUUUACUACGCGACUCGACACCGAAGAACAAGCGUUAUUCAAAUUCUCAGCAACGUCAGCUCGGAUCAGACAAGCUUAGUAAGCGACGAGCUACGCCAUUACAUGAGAGAGGACGAAAUACCCCGAGACUACCAAUCAAUCAUAACUCACAACUUUGGCUUCGACGUCGUGCGGACAACAUUAGCAGCCAUGAGGGACUAUGACCCGUCGUUCAGACUCCCAGAAGACUUUUUUGAGGGUUCCGUUAUUGGGGUACCCGGGACCUUGAAGGAUUGCGUGACUGACUGA